AUGACUGCCGCGCCAGACGUCAACAAACCGCGCCUGGAGGUGGCCAUCGUGGGCGGUGGGAUAAUUGGUUUAAUGACAGCCUUGGGCCUCCUGCGCCGGGGAAUGCACGUCAAGAUCUACGAGCGAGCUGCAGCGUGGCACGAGAUCGGGGCUGGGUUCGGCUUCACGGGGGUCGCGCGCGAGUGCAUGCAGCGUCUCGACCCCCGACUCCUCGAGACGCUGAGCGCCAUCGCCCAGAAGACGAGCUCCAGCUCGCACACACGGUACUGGGACGCGUUCAACCCGCGGACCAAGCACGAAGCGGCGGACGAGGCAGUCUCGCUGCUGUUCCAGAUGCCGGAAAGUAGCCUGAACUUUUGGGGCGCGGUGCGGUCCCAUCUCCUGCUGGGAAUGGCGGCACUGCUACCCGAGGGCGUAGUGGAGUUUGGGAAGCCGCUCGUGGAUUACGAGGAUAAGCCUGGAGGGAGUGACGAAGGUGUGGCGCUACGCUUCGCGGAUGGGAGCGUUGCCCGUGCCCAUGUGCUCAUCGGAUGCGAUGGGAUCCACUCGACGACGCGAGAGCUGCUGCUUGGGUCCACCCAUCCGGCGGCUCGCCCAAUCUUCAGCCAUGUCGUGGCCUACCGGACCAUGGUGCCGAUGGCGGCGGGCAUCGCAGCUUUGGGAGAGGACAAGGCCACGAGCGCGUGCAUGCACUGCGGGCCAGAUGUCAACAUGAUGUCGUACCCGGUCAUGAACGGCGCACUCCUAAACGUGGCCAUCUUUGCCCACGAGCCGCGUUACUUCCCCGAAGCAAGCGGUAUGACAGCACCGGCCACGCGCGACGAGGUCGAAAGCGCCGUUUCAGCGCUGGGCCCGCACGUGGGUGAGAUUGCCAAGCUGUUCCCGGCGGAGAUGGUCAAGUGGGGGAUCUUCGACAUGUACGAGCAUCCGGCGCCGACAUACGCGCGGGGGCUGGUGUGCAUCGCGGGGGACGCGGCGCACGCCAGCAGCCCGCACCAGGGUGUGGGAGCCUGCAUGGGCGUGGAGGACGCGCUCGUGCUGUGUGAGGUGCUCGACACGGCACAGACCGAGAUUGCUCUGCACGUAGGCGACCGGGAGCACAAGGACGAGGGUCAGGGCCAGGGCAAGGUCGCAGGCGCGCGGCGGCUGACGGUCGAGAGAGCAUUGCGUGCCUUCUCUCGGUCGAGGAAGGAUCGCAGCCAGUGGCUGGUGAGCAGCUCGCGGGAGAUGGGCGACAUGUACCAGUGGCGGCUUGGGUCGACGGGCAGGGACCCCGACCGAUGCCACUCCAAGCUGGAUCAGGCCUCGCGGAAGCUCUGGGAUUUCAGUGUUGAUGCAAUGGUGGCUGGGGCCAAGGAGGACGCCGCUGCCGCUGCCUAG